AUGAAGUCCUCCGAUAUCGAUCAGGAUUUGUUUACAGACAGUUACUGCAAGGUGUGCAGCGCACAGCUGAUAUCCGAAUCCCAGCGGGUGGCCCAUUAUGAGAGUCGAAAACAUGCAAGCAAAGUCCGACUAUAUUACAUGCUUCACCCCAGGGAUGGUGGGUGCCCUGCCAAGAGGCUCCGAGCAGAAAAUGGAAGUGACGCUGACACGGUGGAUAAGAAUAAGUGCUGUACACUCUGUAACAUGUCCUUUACCUCAGCUGUGGUGGCCGACUCCCACUACCAAGGCAAAAUUCACGCCAAAAGGUUAAAACUGUUGCUAGGAGAGAAACCUCCAUUGAAAACCACAGCAACACCCCUGAGUUCACUUAAGGCCCCUCGAGUGGACACGGCUCCUGUGGUCACACCUCCCUAUCAAAGGAGAGACUCUGACAGAUACUGUGGCCUCUGUGCAGCCUGGUUUAAUAAUCCUCUGAUGGCCCAGCAGCAUUAUGAUGGCAAGAAACACAAAAAGAAUGCAGCACGGGUUGCCUUGCUAGAGCAGCUGGGAACAUCGCUGGAUCUGGGGGAACUGAGAGGUCUGAGACGUACUUACAGAUGUACCAUCUGCAGUGUGUCCCUCAACUCAAUAGAACAGUACCAUGCACACCUGCAAGGAUCGAAACAUCAGACCAACCUGAAGAAUAAAUAAUGAAACAUCAAUCAAGAGCUAAGAAGAGAUGCCAGCAUUUCUCUGUGGCAGAGAACUGCUCACCGACCAAAAGAGGAUCCUUUCUUGAGCAAUGAACACUUCUUACAAGGAUUCACAGAUUAACACAUGACCAAUCUUGAUUUCUGGAAAUAGAUAAGAUUUCUUUUUCCUUGUUUAAUUUAGUGGCAAAUUAUACUUGGAUGGGUUUUAAAGAAUCCUUUCCUGGUAACAUGUUUAGCACAAGUUCUAAACUGCAAUCACACAGCAACUAGUCAGAGCAUUAUUCAGACUUACACAGAGUGGAAAAUUUAAUUUCCUAUUUAUUCUAGAUUUCCUUAGAGUUACCAUGAUUCUGUGAGACCCUUCAUGGCUAUCAUGUAAGUCUCCCAGAUCCAUUAACGAUUACACGUUUGUCAUCACGGGGAACAUAGUUGGUGACAACAUCCGCAGUAAUAGAACAGACUGUGGUUUGUGGAAGUUAUAUAACAGACAGAAUUCUGGUCUUUCUGCCUCACGCCGAUGAGCCAGCCUUGCCUCUAAUGCCAGGAGCAUGCGAAUAGUUGAGAAAGAGAGGAAGGACCUUCACUCUGGAUCACCUUGAUUGAAAGCUACCUAAGAUUAAGCCAAGUUUUGUCCUUGCAAGCUGCCAGAUCAUAGCUUAGGAAAAGAAUUAGUUUGAUUGCAUGAUGAUCCUAUUAAGUCAAAGUGUUGUCACAGUGGUCGACCUUGGUGUAAUGCUUUACUAAAGGCAUCCAAAGGAGGAUUUUUAAACCCCAGAGUGAGAGAGAAAUGGUCCUUAGGAAGUUGGCCUGAAUGGUGGGCUUUAAUUUGGGACACUGAUGAUUUGGAGGAGAAAGUGACUAAAUCCUGAAGAAGCUUCUUUCUUCUAUUUCUCUUCCAUCCUGUUGCUGAGCUGGGAUUUGGUGACUUUGAAAAGGAUGACUAUGGGUAGAGGAUCGACCAGAGAACUGAUGCUCUUUGAAGGGAUCGACUCUGAGUGCAACUGUUAAAUUCCUUCUCCAGGGUCAAUUGCUCUGCAUUGUGAUGGGAAGUAGUGUCUUGUACACACUACAAGGUAGAAGCAGAACUGCCAUUCCUGGGCUCUCAGCUGGCUGGAGCAGCCCUUUCCACCCUGUGACCACCAAUCUAAUGAAGUCAGACUUUUUCAGACAUCAUUGCUUUCCACGGAGAUCUGAAGUGGUUACAGCCAGUGAGCAAUAAAUGAAACGACACGGAAAUGCACAGUGUUGUUCUUAAGGUGCCUGUUUUGUUGUGUGAGGAGGUCACAGUCUGUGAAGCGUCCAGACUGUGGCUGUGAAGAGGAAGGUCACACACCAUGUACAGUCCUGCUGCAGGUGGGGAGGAAGAAGGGUGUGGUGACAAUUUUAUUUUGCUAUUUUGGAAAAAGCACACAACAGAGCUACAAUCCUCCAGUGAUGGCUUGUCUUCGAAUGUGUGGAAUAAAGCUUUAUUUGUCAAUUCUGCUGUAAAAUAAGCAUAGUCUGAGUAUUUUUAUUUUUAAAUCUUUUUUUCUGCUUAUGUUUAGUGCCUG